AUGGCUAAAUUUGAUCUUAAGAUUGCUAUGAAUUUAUUACCAGUCGCAUCUGAUGAUGAGUCUGACGGAAAUGAAUCUGAUUAUAAAGUUUUAAAACCCAGAAAUGAGAAACAAGCUAUUAAAGUUUUUGCCGACGGACUUAGAAAUCGUCGUAUCGGAACUAUUGUCACAGCUAGAAACUACUCGUCCUUGAAUGAUGCGGUACAGGCCGCCCUGGACGAGGACUCAGAAUCUGCUCAAUCCGGAGAUAUUUUAACUAUGCGCCAUAAUAAUUACAAAAAUUACAAUCAAUAUUAUAAUUACAGAGGUCGUAGAAAUUUUAAUGCUGGACAAUCUGGAAAUUGGCGUGGACGAGGAACCAAACGUCUGCCGAGAGUUAAACGAAGGAAUGCAUACUUGAAUGUUGGCCGAGAGUCAAAAUCAAGUAGAAAAUUUGUUCAAUAUCGAACUCAUUGUGUUGCAGAUGUUGAGGUGUCCGUUUCAACUGAAGAUAUUCUGCCACAUUCUGAAUCCCCAGAGGUUCAAACAGAAGUCUCGGAUUUGAGAACAAAUACAAUUCUCGAUCUACCCACCUCGGACGGUGAAUUACACGGAGAAUCAGCAAACUUGACGCCUGAGUAUUUGCAAGCGCUAGGAGAUGCUAUUAAUGAAGUACCUCAAUACGGUGAAGAUAUUCACCAUGACUUAGCCCUAAGGUGGCUUCCUAUAUUACGUAGAGGCCUACCUAAGGAUGUCCGUGAAAAACUUGUGACAUCUUAUUCAAUACCGAGUAACUGUAAGUUAUUGAAAGCUCCAUCGUUGAACGCUGAAAUUUCAGCCGCAAUUACUGAUUCUCUAAGACAACGUGACAAAAAAUUAGAAAAUUAUCAACAACAAUUAGGCGUGGGUAUAACAAGUAUUAACAGAGCAGUGACAUUGCUAUUAACGGAAGAGGAUAAAAUUAAAGCCAUCAAAAUACUCUCGGAUGCAAUUCGUAUUUUGUCAGACUUGCACUAUCAGGAUAGUGAUACUAGAAUUAAAUUACUAUCGCCUAGUUUAGACAAGUCAAUUUUAAAUAUUAUUGAUAAUAAUGAAAGAGAUGAAACACUUUUUGGUAAUAACCUUUCGGAGAAGAUCAAAGCAGCCAAGACUAUAGAAAAACAAGGUUUGUCAAUAAAGAAGAAUAUUGUUCCCUCGAAACCUCCUUCCGUCACUACACGACCUCGACAGGGAAACUGGUCGGGCCCUCCCCGGUUCCCAUCGAACAGGGGGGGGCGCACAGGAUCACGGAUGCGAGCUCUGACGACGGCAACGAUACGUCGAACGCUCCCCACGGGCUCAGCACUGCUACCACGAUCCAACCACUCGAGCAAGCAACGCACUCAUCAGCCGCACCGAUAUCCAUAGAGGUCACAGAAGCAAGGACAGAGCCUACAGCCUACCCUGGGAGCUGCCAUACUUUGCGGCUCGCAUUCUCCAGGCGGGGCGUUCCCAACCAAGCGUUAGAUCUUGUUUAUGCGUCAUUAUCAGACAACACUAUACGGCAGUAUAACGUUACUUACAAACUAUGGUGGAAUUUUUGUAUCAUGAAUAAGUUUAAUCCUAUGGAUCCCUUGGUUCAUGUUAUCAUGUCAUUCAUAACAGAUCAGUACCAUAAAGGUGAUUCCUAUGGAUCUCUUAACUGUCAUCGCUCGGCAUUAUCCUUACUUCUGGGUAAUAAUAUAGGAAAAGACGA